AUGUUUGACUCCCUCUUCAACAAGGCAUUGAAGUCGGGCGUUGCCAAGGGUGUCUUUGAGCAGCCCAAGGGCCCCUCUGGACCCGUGAAGCUGUCCAAGAAGUCCAAGGAGGCCAAGCCUGCUGCUAAGGACGGUGAGAAGGCCACCAAGAAGGCCGCUCCCAAGAAGGAGGGUGCUGCCAAGAAGGCUGCCCCCAAGAAGACUGCCGCAAAGAAGGAGGGCGAGGAGAAGAAGCCUGCUGCUAAGAAGGCUGCCGCCCCGAAGAAGGCUGCUGCUCCUAAGAAGGCCGCUGCCAAGAAGGACGAGAAGCCCGCUGCCGCAAAGACCAAGACCGGCCGUGUCGCCAAGACUACCAAGGCUCCCGCAACCAAGAAGGCUCCCGCAAAGAAGGCUGCUGCCCCCAAGAAGGCAGCGGCUCCAAAGAAGGAGGCUGCCAAGGCCGAGGCUUCGGCAUGA